GUGAUACCAGUGUGUUAGAAAAUGUAAAUAAUAAUAAUAAUAAUUAUAAUAAUAAAAAACACUUUCCAUGGCAUCAGAAAGUGGAAGAACCUCAAGGAGGGACGAAAAUGUUCUCGAAAUGAACAGCAGCAGCAGCAGCAGGAAUUAGCAAACAUUUCCAGCGUCUGGAAAAAAAAACAUGAAUGUUUAUGGAGUACUGCUACUUCUAUUACUAUUCUUAGAAGCCCCUGCCGCUCUCUAAAGUCUCUCCUCUCCCCUUGGAAGAGAAUUGAAUAAAGCAAGGCGUUCCUAGCUCGGCAUAAUAAGUUUCUGGUCCUUGAUCCUCCAGGAAUGUCGGCUGCCGAGGCUUGGAGGAUCUGGCUUCUCGUUUGGGGCCAGGGCGUGCUGCUCCUGACGAAGGAGACCUCUGCAACGGCGCUCUCUUUCGAUGCUUCAGAUCUCGAAGCUGACACAUCGACGGUGGAGGUGGUCGAGGGAUAUAACGCAUCGCUCCCCUGUUCCAUCCGAUCCCCCCCUACAAACGACGUGCCUGCGCUCACCCUGUGGUAUAUCGGGGACCAAGAAACACCUGUUUAUAGUUACGACCAGAGGGAGCCGAGGAGGUCAUUCAGCUGGGCAGACGAAACUGUCUUCAGCGGGGGGCGUGCCAGGUACCUUCCCAUGGAACACCCUCCUGUCCUCAUGCUGACCAACGUCUCGACUGAGGACCAGAAGACGUUCAGGUGCAGAGUUGAUUACCACAAGUCCAACUCGAGGCAGGCUUGGGUCAGGCUCAUAGUUAUAGUUCCACCUUCAGGGAUCGAGAUAAUUCCUCAGAGUUCUCCAGUGAAGAUAGGUCAACGCAACGAUGUAGUCUGCAGAGUCACUGGAGGAUCUCCAUUAGCCACCGUGGAAUGGCUGCAGGAGGGGAGAGUGGUGGACGUUAAUAGCACUCCGGGAGACGAUGGGUCCUUCGUCUACAACAGCCUGGAGGUGGCCGCUACCAGGGGCGACCUCACCCGCCCCUUUACUUGCAAGGCUUCCAACAACAAAUUCACGACUCCGCUCAUCUCGUCGUACACGAGAAACGUCACUUGCGGACCUUUGAGCGUGAAAAUUGUACCUGAAGAAAACCCGUUGGUAGCUGGUCGAUCCUCGAAACUCGUCUGCACAGUCUUUGGUAGCAACCCGCCUCCCCUGGUUACCUGGUACCAGCAAGGGCAAGAGAUCACGACGCUUCAUACUCAGGUUCACGUCAGCGAGAAUAUGACAGUCAGCUCUCUCCUUUUGAAGAUCAGUCGACACCAUCACGCCAAGCAGAUGGUCUGUCGAGCGGAGCAUCCAACCCUCCCGCGUUCCACGAUAGAAGAUAUCUUCACCAUGGACGUGUUGUAUAAACCCAAAGUGACCCUGUCCCUGGGGAGGUCACUAAACGCGAAAAACCUCAGGGAAGGGAACGACAUAUUCUUCGAAUGUCAGGUCGACGCCAAUCCACCUCCAUACAAGGUCACGUGGCUUCAUCAGAACGAAGAGAUCCUAGGAAACCUCAGCGCGGGGAUUUUGGUGAGCGAAUCGACCUUGGCCCUACAGAGAGUCCACCGACAGAGGUCGGGAGAGUACGUGUGUUUGGCCUCCAACGUCGAGGGUGAUUCGAGGAGCAACAUACUGAACGUCCGAAUUAAAUACGCCCCACGCUGUGUAGUGUCGCCCUCCCUGCGAGGAGUGGCUCUGACGGAGCGCACGAACAUCACGUGUGCGGUUGACGCGGAUCCCGCCAACGUCACCUUCACCUGGACGUUCAACAACUCCGUCAGAAGAGACCAGAGCCAGGUGGUCACCUCAGACAGGUACAGCCAGGAAGGCCUGAGGAGCGUUCUUGCAUACACGCCGAUGACUGAAAGGGAAUACGGGACCUUGUUCUGCUUCGCUACGAAUGAAGUCGGGUCUCAAAUAGAACCCUGUUCGUUCACCAUCAUUUCAGCGGGUCCACCUGAGGAGGUCAGCAACUGUACCACUAGUAAUAUCACGUCACAUUCGGCUGGCAUUCAUUGCUUGCAAGGUUUCGAUGGGGGCCUGCCUCAGAGGUUCCUCCUGCAGGUCUGGGAAAUGGAAUCCAACGCGCUCGUCUUGAACUUGUCCAACGCCUUGCCUUCGUUCUACGUGAAACCUCUGGAGGCUGGCCACACCUACAGCGCCAAAGUCACUGCCUACAACACUCGAGGCCUGAGCCCACCGAGCAGAGUCAUCAUACUCACCUUAGAGAAAGCCGAGAUGCAUAAGAGUCUACCCUCGAUGGUACCUUUGGUGUCUUCGGUCUUCAUCAUAGGAGUCUCUGUCGGCAUCAUCUUGAUCGUUGGGGCUCUGUUCCUGACGGCUCUGUGGUGUGUGAAGAAGAGAGAAAACAGAGCCCACAGCGACUCUGCCUUUUCGCAAAUCGUCUUGAAGGACAACAACCCCGAUCUGAUAAGCGUGGAAACAUCAGAAGGAGAAACUCAAGCCCAGGGGAGCGAGUCCCUGGAAGGGAUGGUGUCAUAUACCCAGUCUGGAAACACUCAGGAGAUAUCGAGUUAUCAGAGGUACGACGAACAGGACACCUCUUUGUACGGUGCCUUUUCCUCAGAAACGACGAGAACCACCGCAGCGCCCAGCGGUAGUAAAAGCAGAAUACGAGAAGACAAAAGUUUCGCGGGAGGAGGAGGAGGAGUGGGAGAAGGAAGAGGAGGAGCAAUAGGAGGAGACAGAGGAGGGAAAAGAGAAAGCUUAAAGGAUACGAGAGGAAGAGGGGCGAGGAAAAAAGAAGCGAUAGGAGAGGAAGAGGAAGACCUGAGUUUGCUCUACGUGGAGUCAGGAAGCAGAGGGGACUUGUUGCAGAGUGAAGGCGCCCUCGACUCCAGAAGACACACUAAAGUGCGUCUCUACAGAAGAGGGAAAUCUCCCGACGCCCUUUUAUAAAAGGACAACAAAUAAAAAAGAAAAAAAGAGAAAAACUGUCCAAAGAAUAUAUAUAUUCUUUUAUUGUUUCGUGUGAGUGACUUUUGCCUGCGAAGGUUCUUUUUUUUUAGAGAGAGAUGUGUAAAUAAAUAUGUUUGAUCGUGUCGUUUCAGGGAGAAGAAGUUCUUGACCGCUAGCAAACUGAGUGAUGAUUCAAUAAAUGUCAGAGCAUUUGCAUUUGUGACUUUUAUACACGGGUAGUUCUGUCAAAUUCUUAUUGAGUCUGUUGUUCAUGCGAGACUGUUGUGAGUUAAAGAUUAGUAUCAAGAAAUCGUAUCUUGUUUUAUUUGAAAUAACAACUAAAUCAGUUAAACCCGAAUCGUCGUUGAAAUUAUGUGUGGAAACGUUGAAGUGUUUGUGGAAUAUGAUCAGCUGUUUAUUUCUUCGAGAAUGAGCUCAGAAUCAUUAAUCAUUAGUUUAUGGGAACUUUUCGGUGAACUGCAAGUAAAUUGAUUGAAAAUCUCACUGAAAUUUAUUAACACUUUCGCCUGGGAAUUUUCGGUGAGACGACUGUUCAGCAGUAGUGCAAUUUAAUAAAAAAAAAAAUAGUAUCUUGCAAUUCGUGUUGAAUAAGGUGUAUGAGGAAAAAUACUACGAUUAUCAAAAUUGGAAACAAAUUGAUAAAUGUCAGACAACUAUCUUCCAUCAUUUUGAAAUGGUUUUUCCCAUUUUUCAAAGAUAUUUUCUUAUAUUUUUUCCUGAUUUAAAAUGCCUUGAUUUUUUUUUUAGACAACCAGAGCUGACUUUUCUUUCGUAAGCAACUCAACUUGACCUAAGUUAACACCUUUUUUCCUAGCUAAAUUUUGAAACGAGCGAAGAUAACAAGUAGCUCUAAGGAUAAAAAGGAAUUAAAGGAGUACAUAUACUUGUCCCAAAAGUAACAAAGGUAGACAUAACAUCAUUUCAAAGUCGGUGUGUUGCAGUUCUUCCACAUUUAAUUACUCUCAACGAAUGACAGUAGUAUCA